AUGCUGGGGGUCGCCCCGCCGAGCGCCCCGGGCCAGUCGCCGCUGUCACCCUGCACGCUCCGCAGCCUCUACACCUGGCUGGACGGGCUCCCGCUCAGCCGCCCCAAGCGCCACCUGGCUCGGGACUUCAGCGACGGCGUGAUGCUGGCGGAAAUUGUGAAGCAUUUCCACCCCCGCCUCGUGGACCUGCACAACUAUGUGCCCACCUGCAACACGGACCAGAAGCUCAGCAACUGGAGCAUUCUCAACAGAAAAGUCUUUCACAAGCUGCAUUUCUGUGUCUCAGAGGUGGAUAUCCGAAAGGUGGUGGCCAACACGCCCGGGGCCAUUGAGCCCAUCUUGUGUGUGCUGAGGGAGAAGGUGGUGGAUGCUGCUGUCCAUGAAGACCCACCCAGGGCAGCUGUACUUGGUACAAUUAACCCAGGAGUCUCCCAGGCCGAUGCUGAUGGACUGUGGGUGGGGCUUGCAAGCACCCCCGACACUGGCCUGCUGAGCCCCCCAGUGCCCUCUGGAGUGAAGACCCUUCAGAGUGAGGGGGUUGCAGAGAAGAUGGGACACUGUGGGUGCAGAGGCCAGCAGCCAGCUGGUGGGCUCUGGGAGCACUCGGACCCUGCAGUGCAGCAGCUGCUGGAGGAAAAGGAGCAGGCGCUGGCUGUGCUGCAGGAGACAGUCAAGGUUCUGCAGAUGAAGGUGCUCAGGCUGGAGCAGCUGGUGGAGCUGAAGGACUGGCGGAUCAGGGAGCUGACCAGACACAGGGAUGAGCCCCACUGAGUGCGAGACCGCAGAGAAAGGCUCCCAAGUCAACUAGACCCUGAACUCCAACCCACGUGGACCUCCCCAGACCAGGGACCUUCCAGAUGUGCCCCAACACUGUCCAGCAGGCUGAGGGACAUCUUGUACAAAGGGCGGGAGGUGGGCCUCAGUGCGCAGAGUUCUCGAGCGUGGAGGCCAGGCCUCAGGGCUGUACGUUUCCACCUGGCCUGUGUUGCCCGAGGUUUGCCUUGAGCCUUGAGGGGUCUUGUCAUCACUGUGUCUGUGAACACUGAAUGUUCCCCCACCCAUGUGUCUACUGACUGGAGUCCUGUGGGGAAACCUAUUCAUGGGAAGUUGUGUCCCCGGUGGGCCCACUGUGCCUGAGGGGCCAGGAAGACGGGAGAGCCAUCAGCCGGCCGUGCUGGCUGGUCCUAGGUACUGUGCUGCAAUCCCUUGAGAUGGACCAGGUCACCCUGCUUUACUCUGGGGCUUGGGGGUGUCAAGGUAAAGCUGGGCCUGCAGGAUGGGCCCCACCCAGUUCUCAGGAGGUCCCUGGCCCUGCCCAGAGGGUGAGCAGGAAGGUCCAGGCAAGCAGCCCCUGGCCCUGAGAUGGGGGCUUCAGGGUAGUGUGUUGGUGUGGCCAGGAUGCUCCCAGAUA